UUUAUAAACAACGUAACCCUCACACUCUCUACACAACCGUCAACGAGAUCAAAUCAAACAGUAAACAAAUGGCGAAAGAGGUGAUCCUUCUUGAUUUCUGGCCUAGCAUGUACGGCAUGAGGACAAGAAUCGCGUUGAGGGAGAAAGGUGUCGACUUCGAGUACAGGGACGAGAAUCUGAGGGAGAAGAGCCCUCUGCUCCUCCAGAUGAACCCGGUUCACAAGAAGAUUCCGGUUCUCAUCCACAACGGUAAACCGGUUUGCGAAUCAGCCAUCCAGGUUCAGUACAUCGACGAGGUGUGGCCUCACAAGAACCCUAUCCUCCCUUCUGAUCCUUACCAGAGGGCUCAGGCUAGGUUCUGGGUUGAUUUCAUCGACAAGAAGAUGUACGAGGCACAGAGGAAGGUGUAUGCAACCAAGGGUGAGGAACAAGAGACAGGCAAGAAGGAGUUCAUUGAGAUCCUCAAGACUCUUGAAACCGAGCUUGGAGACAAGCCUUACUUUGGUGGGGAUGACUUUGGGUAUGUGGACAUCGGUCUUAUUGGAUUCUACACCUGGUUCCCUGGGUAUGAGAAGUUUGGUAACUUCAGCAUCGAAGCAGAGUGUCCGAAACUGAUUGCAUGGGCUAAGAGGUGUAUGCAGAGGGAGAGUGUGGCCAAGUCCUUGCCUGAUCCUGAGAAGGUUGUUGAGUUCAUGGCUAUGCUCAGGAAGAGAUUUGGGGUUGAGUAGAAGAUCCGUUUGUUUGUCGUUUGGUUACCAUCUUUGCUCAGAUGUGUUUUGUUUUACUUUGGUUUGAUUAUCAUGUCUUUUUAAAUAAUGCUAGAGCUAUAAAAUGGAUGUGGAGAGAAUCGUAUGUUCUUGUUUGUUUGCAUCUUAAGCGUGGAAUAAAUGAUGUUUUUAGUAA